GCCGCGACGAUGAGCCCCAUCCGCGGCGCCCUCCUCGUCCUCGCCGUCCUCGCGGCCGCGUGCCUCGGCGGCGCGGCGGCGGAUCAGCCCGGAUCCGCUGAGGGGUACACCAUCGCCGGCCGCAUCAAGAUCGACGCUGCAAGUGCAAAGGGCUUUGGUCUUCCAGCCAAGACAUCGAACACAAAAGUGAUACUUAAUGGUGGUCAGAAGGUUACAUUCGCCAGGCCAGACGGAUACUUUGCCUUCCACAACGUGCCAGCCGGAACUCAUUUGAUUGAAGUCUCCUCACUUGGAUACUUCUUUUCACCAGUUCGAGUGGACAUCAGUGCCAGGAAUCCUGGACACAUUCAAGCAGCAUUGACUGAAAACAGAAGAGUUCUAAAUGAGCUUGUUUUGGAACCUCUGAAAGCAGAGCAGUACUAUGAGGUGAGGGAGCCCUUCAACAUUAUGUCACUUCUGAAGAGCCCGAUGGGUUUGAUGGUUGGUUUCAUGGUCCUAAUGGUCUUCGUUAUGCCCAAGAUGAUGGAGAACAUAGAUCCUGAGGAGAUAAAGCAAGCUCAAGAACAAAUGAGGAACUCACCUGUUCCAUCCUUUUCUGGUUUACUGGCCAGAGCAAACAGCUAGGUGUAGAACAUGGGUACAACGUGUGGUUUAAGUUUGUGGUGCUGUAGUGAACUGCUUCACGCUCAAGCCAAAUUAUCUUUUCCUGGGAGGCUUGGACAAGGUGGAAACUCCUUUGCCCAUUUUUACUGUAUUCUAAAAAAAUGUAAUAGUUUUGUAGCACAGAACCGUCUGAGUCCUGAAACAUCUGGCUGAUGUAGUCAUGUAUUAUUGAUUUAUAGGUCACAUCGAA